AUGUCGUGGUAUCAGGGAGUUCCGGGCGGAGGAUUUAAUCAAGGAGCCCCUCAAGGUUAUGGCGGAUAUCCAGGUCAGCAAUAUCAGCAUCCAGUAGCAUAUGCUGGACAACAAUACCAACAAUAUAGUGGUCAUCCAGGGCAACAGUACCAGCAAAGUGGGUAUGGAGGGCAGCAUCCUCCACCGCAACAAUUCAGUGGUCAACAUGGACAGUGGCAGCAACAACCAAUGAAUAACAGACAAGCGCCCCCACCUCCACCCCAAGGUAUGCAAGGCUUUGGAAAUGGGGCACCACAAAACUAUAAUUUUCAAUAUUCAAACUGCUCUGGUAAAAGAAAAGCUUUACUAAUUGGAGUUAACUAUUUCGGCCAAAAAGGAGAGCUCAGAGGAUGUAUCAACGAUGUUCACAAUGUUAUGAAUUAUUUAAUGGAAAACUUUGGCUAUCGUAGAGAAGACAUCGUAACUCUAACAGGCAAGUAUGACCAGCAAAAUCCAGUCUCUCACCCUACCAAGAACAAUAUACUUCGUGCAAUGAAUUGGCUUGUUCAGGGCUGUCAGCCUAACGAUUCCCUGUUCUUUCAUUUUUCUGGACAUGGUGGUCAGACCAAAGACACUGAUGGUGACGAAGAAGAUGGUAAUGAUGAAGUUAUAUACCCAGUAGAUUUCAAGCAGGCAGGCCACAUAGUAGAUGACCAAAUCCACGAAAUUCUCGUCAAGCCUUUGCCUGCAGGCGCUCGUCUCACGGCUAUAUUUGACUCUUGUCAUUCAGGAUCUUGCCUCGAUCUUCCGUAUAUUUAUUCGACGCAUGGUACCCUCAAGGAACCUAAUUUGGCAAAAGAAGCUGGACAAGGCCUGUUAGGCAUAAUCUCUUCAGCUAGCAAAGAAGACUAUGGUGGUGUUGCUAAGCAUCUCAUGGGAUUCUUUGAAAAGGCAACUAGUGGUAGUGGCGCUCAUCAGAAGAGUAUGGCGACAAAGACAUCUCCAGCUGACGUUAUCAUGUUUUCGGGAAGUAAAGACGAUCAAACAUCGGCUGAUGCAACUAUCGCUUCUCAAGCAACCGGAGCAAUGUCAUGGGCGUUUAUUUCGGCCAUGAAAGCGAACCCAAAUCAGAGCUACCUUCAACUUCUAAACAGCAUACGUGAUGUUCUGGCUACAAAAUACACCCAGAAGCCGCAACUUAGUUGUAGCCAUCCUCUAGAUACCAAUUUACGCUUUAUCAUGUAG